CUCCUCCCACCACCACCCUUCUCUCCGUCCCGUCCUCCGCAUCUCCCUUUUAGCAUUCUCUCCCCUCUCCACCCAUCUCCUCGCCGCCGCUGACGACCGCCGCCGCCGCCGCCGCCGCCGCCGCGAACCCUCGCGAAUCUUCGUCAUCCGGGUUGUGGGGGCACACAUGGCGCUCCGGAGGCUGCUGCAUGGGAGCGUCCUGCCGCGGGUGACCGGCCGGGCCUUUGCUCCGGCCGUGGCGCCGUUCUCCACGGAGUCUGGGGAGACCCUCCGCGCCACGCUCUUCCCGGGUGACGGCAUCGGGCCUGAGAUCGCCGAGUCCGUCAAGCAGGUCUUCAAUGUUGCAGGUGUACCAAUAGAAUGGGAAGAACAUUAUGUUGGCACAGAAGUUGAUCCCAGAACAGAGAGUUUCUUGACAUGGGAAAGCCUGGAGUCUGUGCGUAGAAACAAAGUUGGCUUGAAAGGACCUAUGGCUACACCUAUUGGAAAGGGCCAUCGAUCUUUGAAUCUUACAUUAAGGAAAGAGCUUGGGCUUUACGCCAAUGUCAGACCUUGCAACAGCCUCCCAGGCUACAAGACCAGAUAUGAUGACGUUAACCUUGUGACAAUUCGUGAAAAUACUGAAGGAGAAUAUAGUGGUCUUGAGCAUCAGGUUGUGAGAGGUGUUGUUGAAAGUUUGAAAAUCAUCACCCGCCAAGCAAGUUUGAGAGUGGCAGAAUAUGCUUUCCAUUAUGCCAAGGCCAAUGGCCGCGAAAGAGUGUCUGCGAUCCACAAGGCUAAUAUUAUGAGGAAGACAGAUGGUCUUUUCCUCAAGUGUUGCCGUGAAGUGGCUGAGAAGUACCCUGAAAUUCAAUACGAGGAGGUCAUCAUCGACAAUUGCUGUAUGACUCUUGUGAAGAAUCCUGGUCUUUUCGAUGUAUUAGUGAUGCCAAAUCUUUAUGGUGACAUUAUCAGCGAUCUAUGUGCUGGUUUGAUUGGGGGUUUGGGCCUAACACCAAGUUGCAAUAUUGGCGAAGGUGGCAUUUGUCUGGCAGAAGCUGUUCAUGGUUCUGCUCCUGAUAUUGCUGGCAAGAACCUCGCAAACCCGACUGCUCUUAUGCUGAGUGCUGUCAUGAUGUUGCGCCACUUGCAAUUCAAUGAAAAAGCAGACAGGAUCCACAACGCCAUCCUCCAGACCAUUGCAGAGGGGAAGUACAGGACUGCUGAUCUUGGCGGAAAGGCAUCAACUUCAGAAUUCACAAAGGCGGUCUGCGAUCACAUCUGAGAAUCAGAUGUAGUUCUUUCGUUCUGAUUGUUUUCGUCUGCCUAAUUUUUUUGUUGCAUAUUGAGAGGAGCUUUAGCUUUAAGAGGUUAACUGGGAGCACCUCGAACCAAGUGGUCGCUUAACACGGUUUCAGACCGUCAAAUAAUUUUUGUCACUUUUCUUGCUGUUCAGAAAUUCUUUCAACUAUGCAAUCGAGCCAAAGAAUUGCAUGUAAUAAUUCCGUCAGCAUUAUAGCAGAUAGUAUUUAUUCCA